CCCUUUAUAAACACCCCACCACAUCGCCACUUUCUCGUACACAUUCACUUCCUUCACUCUGUUUCUCAGCAAACAAACACAGAGAGCACAGCAAAAAGAUGGGACCGUACAGAUCCUCGUCGACCAUGGCGGUCGUCCUCUUCGCGAUCUUCACCCUGUCGUCGGCUCUGGACAUGUCGAUCAUCUCCUACGACGACAAAAACGUCGUCGGAGAGUCGAAGUCGAGCUGGAGGACUGACGAGGAGGUGAUGUCAAUAUACGAAGGGUGGCUGGCCAAGCACGGCAAAGCCUACAACGGAUUGGGGGAGAAGGAGAGACGGUUCCAGAUCUUCAAGGACAACCUCAGGUACAUCGACGACCACAACGCUAAGAACCUCAGCUACAAGCUCGGUCUGAACCGGUUCGCCGAUCUGUCCAACGACGAGUACCGGUCCACUUUCCUGGGCACCAAGACCCGCGCUCAGAAGAGGAGGCUCUCCAACCGGAACACCAAGAGCGACCGGUACGCGCCACGUGUCGGCGACUCGUUGCCCGACUCCGUUGAUUGGAGGAAGGAGGGCGUAGUCAACCCCAUCAAAGACCAAGGGAGCUGCGGGAGUUGCUGGGCAUUCGCUACAAUCUCUUCAGUGGAAGGGAUCAACAAGCUAGUGACCGGAGAUCUCCUCUCACUAUCUGAGCAGGAGCUGGUUGACUGUGACAAAACAUACAAUGAAGGAUGCAAUGGAGGUCUUAUGGAUUAUGCCUUCGAGUUCAUCAUCAGCAAUGGUGGAAUUGACAGUGAAGAGGAUUAUCCUUACAAAGGAUAUGAUGCCACCUGUGACACCUACAGGAAAAAUGCCAAGGUGGUUUCCAUUGAUGAUUAUGAAGAUGUUCCUGCAUACGAUGAGAAAGCAUUGAAAAAGGCUGUUGCCAAUCAGCCAAUUGCUGUUGCCAUUGAAGGAGGUGGCAGGGAUUUCCAGUUAUAUAAUUCUGGUGUAUUUACGGGACGGUGUGGAACAUCAUUGGACCAUGGUGUUACAGUUGUGGGAUAUGGAACAGACAAAGGAGUUGAUUACUGGAUAGUGAGAAAUUCAUGGGGUGGCAGCUGGGGAGAGGAAGGCUACAUCAGGAUGGAGCGUAACCUGGGCAACACCGCACAUGGAAUAUGUGGAAUUGCAAUGGAGGCUUCUUAUCCAGUCAAGAGUGGCCUGAACCCCCCGAACCCUGGUCCAUCUCCUCCGUCUCCGGUACAGCCCCCGUCAGUUUGUGAUAAUUACUACUCCUGUCCUGAGAGCAACACCUGCUGCUGUAUUUAUGAGUAUGCAAACUACUGCUUUGCUUGGGGAUGUUGUCCACUUGAGGGCGCCACAUGCUGUGAUGACCAUUAUAGUUGCUGCCCAAGUGACUACCCAGUCUGCAAUCUCAAUGCAGGAACCUGUCAACUGAGCAAGGACAAUCCACUGGGAGUGAAGGCAUUGAAGCGCAUGCCCGCUAAACCUCACUGGGCAAUUGGUGGUGGCAAGAGGAGCAGUUCUUAAGCUUAACAUUCAGUGCUUUUAUGAAGUGGUAACAAAAGCUAGGAAGGAAGAAAAAUCAGGGCACCUUGAUAUUCUUCUUCUUCGUUUAUCAUACUUGCUCACUCUCUCAUAUCCAACAUUUAGAUUCCAAGAAAUGGAUAGUUUGUCUGUUAUGGAGUAUUUCAUAUGCUGAUUUGUAUGUAUAUAGCGCUCUAUUUAUGUCAUGCAUUUGAGUUAUAGACACAGAUUGUUGUCAAUUACCAAUAUGUUCUGUAAAUUCAGUCAUGAAUUUGGCAUUCGCCUUUAUGAAGUGCUUCAUUCUGAUCCUACUUAUUGUACUUCGCUUAAUAAUGGAACAUGAUCUUUCAUUUGGCCAAA